AUGUAUAGCCAUGUAUACCCAUGUAAUGCCAUGUAUUACCAUGUAUUACCAUGUAUAGCCAUGUAUUGCCAUAUAUUACCAUGUAUAGCCAUGUAUUACCAUGUAUACCCAUUUAAUGCCAUGUAUUACCAUGUAUUACCAUGUAUAGCCAUGUAUUACCAUGUAUACCCAUGCAUAGACAUGUAUUGCCAUGUAUUACCAUGUAUUGCUAUGUAUUACCAUGUAUCGCCAUGUAUUACCAUGUAUAGCCAUGUAUACCCAUGUAUACCCAUGUAAUGCCAUAUAUUGCCAUGCAUUACCAUGUAUAGCCAUGUAUUACCAUGUAUAGCCAUGUAUACCCAUGUAUACCCAUGUAAUGCCAUAUAUUGCCAUGCAUUACCAUGUAUAGCCAUGUAUUGCCAUGUAUAGCCAUGUAUAGCCAUGUAUACCCAUGUAAUGCCAUGUAUUGCCAUGUACUACCAUAUAUAGCCAUGUAUUGCCAUGUAUAGCCAUGUAUAGCUAUGUAUACCCAUGUAAUGCUAUGUAUUGCCAUGUAUUACCAUGUAUAGCCAUGUAUUGCCAUGAAUUACCAUGUGUAGCCAUGUAUUACCAUGUAUUACCAUGUAUCGCCAUGUAUUACCAUGUAUAGCCAUGUACAGCCAUGUAUAGCCAUGUAUAGCCAUGUAUUGCCAUGUAUUACCAUGUAUAGCCAUGUAUACCCUUGUAAUGCCAUGUAUUGCCAUGUAUUACCGUGUAUAGCCAUGUUUACCCAUAUAAUGCCAUGUAUAGCCAUGUUUAGCCAUGUAUUACCAUGUAUAGCCAUCUAUUGCCAUGUAUUACCAUGUAUAGCCAUGUAUAGCCAUGUACACCCAUGUAAUGCCAUGUAUUGCCAUGUAUUACCAUGUAUACCCAUGUAUACCCAUGUAAUGCCAUGUAUUUCCAUGUAUUACCAUGUAUAG